UUAUCUUUCUCCAUUUUCCAUUUUUUGUAUCAGAAAUUCGAAGACUUAUCUUCCUGUUUUUCGCAUUUUAUUUAAAAGAAAUUUUAGGCCUUAUCCUCUGCGCCCAAGGUAUACAAAACUGCAUGCAACUUUUAAUUAAAGCCGCUUGCAUCAGUGUGAAACGUGGCCUUGCAUAGAGGAAUAGGUACAAAAUUGGAAGAAGCAAAGAAGAAAACGAUUUGCAUGAGGGGAGUUUCUUGAUAUGGGUUCAUAUUGCAUUUGAGUUUCCAUACUCAUGACAUUUGUAGCAAUAUCACCGCCUUUCUUUCCAACACUCGAUAUGGAUUUCACCGAUUUUAAUCAAGAACUUGCCUUAGUAGCUUAUAGAGGCUUCCACGAGAAUUUCAUCUCGGGGAUGAUGGAUCUUCAGCUUAUGAUGGAGAGCUUUUCAAGCUCUAUCAACAAUGUCAACAUCCAGUUAAUGGAAGAAGACUUGAUCUCAACAGAAAAUCAGGAAUUUGAAGGAAAGUCAAGUGCUUUGAGAAUGGUGGAGCCAUGUUACAUGAGGGUGUCUGAGCCAUGCAGAGUUGCUGAUGAACACAUGGAAUUGAUGGACGUUGAAGAAGUGCUUAUGGAAUGGGCCAUGUAUGAGAAACUGCAAUGGAACAGUGCUGGAGUCGAUCAGGAGGCCUAGUUGAAGCACAAAGUUGGGAUUUUCUAUUUUAUUUUGUUUGUUUGUGUCAAUUCGGGUUUAACUGACAUGUUUAGUCCGGGCCAGUUAUGUUUUCUAGUUACCAGUCUCAAAUGGACUGUUCGGUAAUAAUAAUAAUCUGGCUGAAGUAAAAGUUUU